AUGCGCGGUUGCCAGGGUUUCCUCGUCCACCACGCCGUACGGGACCAGAACACACUUUCCCCGACAUCGAUGUUCGGAUCAUCCCCGCCCCCAGGCCCGGAUCGCCCACACAUCGAUCAAUCUCGGUGGGUACCUUGCCAUGCUGGCACGGCGCAGCAUCGUGGCCUGGGCCGGUACGGGGUCCCGGGCCCUCACCCUCGCCACCACCCAGGUGCCUGCCGAGCAGAUCGCCGCGCUGAAGAGGCAGCUGAGCCUGGGCCUGGAGUCGUGCUCAUACGUCGUGGAGUCGUCGGUGAGGGAGGGGUAACAGAGUAUCAGCAUGGCGGUGGCAUACGCGAGACGUGGCGACGUGCGAUUGCCCAUGCCGAAAUGACGCUCGCAGGAACAGCUCAUGCUGGAGACGGAUCCCUCGGCACGAAAUCCCAGAGCCUACUACGUGUCGUGGUACCAGCGAUUGGCACUGGAUCAGCUCGUCAGGGGUCUGGAUCUGCACCGCUCCCUCCAGCACCAGUACGGCGAGGGCAUGGUGGAAGGGAUCUUGAGAGAAAAGGGCCUGAGAGUGCUCCUGGCAGACUGCCUCCUGGCCCGGGAUAG